CCGGAAUUCAAAGAGGGCCCGGCACGACUCCUGGACCCAAUCCGGGUACCCCAGCCUGAUGGCAAGUCGGCCCUUGGCUAUAGACCCAGAGUUAAUUGUAACGCGACGAGCAACGCCCCCGAUCAGCAAACCGCGCGCGGCGCGGGCGUCUCCGUCUCGCGCAAGGAGCGCACGCGCUGGCGCUCACCGUGAAACGGGCGAGCCCAGAGCAUUUAGAGGCAAACACUUAAAGCCGAGGGAAGGCCGCGCGGCCCCGCCCUCACCGCCGCAAAUGAUGCUUUGUAUCAUUGCCGCGGCGGCGCUGGCGGCGCGCGGCGCCGGUGAAAUUGUUAUUGAGGACUUCGCCGGCCCCGUCGACGCCUUCUUCCUCGACGACGGGACCGCUGCCGGCCUGCCGUCGUCGGGAAAUUCGGCGCUCGAGAAGGUCGACGACGGCUUACGGCUGAAUUACGACGUCGCGCGCAACGGCCCCUUCGGUGCCGCUCUAAUGGGCAAGAUUUGGGACGGCUACCGCGACCUCUCGAACGCGUCGAGCAUCCGGCUGACGUACCGCGUCGAGGCGGCGUCGAGCCUCCCCGGCCACGCGACGCUCGGCGUCGUGCUCCUCGACGGCAGGGCGUGCGGCCUCGCGCCCCACUGUAGUGCAGGCAUCGGGCUCGCCCUGACGGACUACCUGGCGUCGGGAAAUGUCGUUCUCGACAAACUGGGCGGCUGGCGGACCCUCGAGAUCGACCUCUGCGGCGAGGCGAACCCCUACGCGCCGUUCUUCGGCCUGGACCGAGAAGGGAGGAGCCUCGACCCCGCGACGGUCCAGGGCUGGCGCCUCGGCAUCGUCGUCGAUUCUCUGGCGGGAAUGGGAAAUCCCGCGACCGGGUCGAUCGUCUUUGGCGAGCUCGCGGCCGUCGGCGCCGGCCCGGCAAAACCGCCGCCCUGCGCGCCGCCGCCGCGGGCCGGCGCGCGCGAGCUUGUGGACGUGCGCGUCAACAAAGCGUCAGCUAUGAAAGUCUUUGAGCUCGGGCUCCGGCACUGCGCGGAGCACUGCGCGAACGACGGGGCGUGUGCCUACUUUUCCACGGACCCGCGCCGGAACCCGCCCGUCGGCGCCUACCCGAGCUGCUAUCUCUUCGCCGAGCUGCACGCGGACGACGUGACCUUCGCCGCGCCGGGCGCGCCGGACGGCGUGCGGACGUGGUGGUAUGAGGACGCGCGCGAGGCGCUCUGCGACGCGUGCGCGUGCGACGCGGCGACGCGGCGGGCCGACUGCACGCGCGCGGACCUCGCGACGGCGCCGCGCCCGUCGGCCGGCUUCGACCCGCUGUCGAUAGACCUGAGCGGCAACGAGCGGCUCGUCGUGCUCGGGGCGCUCUCGGACUUUCCGAGCCUCGAGCGCGUCACGCUGCCGCACGCGCUCACGUUGUCAAGCAGCGCGGCGACGGCAUGCUCGUAACCAUGC